GUGAAAACCCAGAAGCCCCCAAGGCUCAGAAGCAGAGACAUCAGAAUAAAGACCAAGAGUCAAGAAGUAGGGGACGUAAAGGAGAGCAGAGGAAACAGAAAUUGCUCCGCUCAGAGUAAGCGGGAACUGAGAACAUACCAUUUUCAACAUGGCCUCUGAUGUCCCAAUGCCAGCCCCAGUGUGUCUAAUUGAGAACAUGAAAGGACAACUUACAGUGAACCAGAAAUCGCUGGAGAUUCUUUCUUCAAUAACUGAGCCUGUGGUGGUGGUGGCCAUUGUCGGCCUGUAUCGCACUGGCAAGUCCUACCUGAUGAAUAAGCUGGCAGGGAAGAAAUCAGGUUUCUCCCUUGGCUCCACAGUGCAGUCUCACACCAAGGGCAUCUGGAUGUGGUGUGUUCCUCAUCCCAAGAAGCCAAAUCACACCCUCGUUCUCCUGGACACUGAGGGUCUGGGUGAUGUGGAGAAGGGUGACAACAAGAAUGACACGUGGAUCUUUGCCCUGGCCGUGCUACUGAGCAGCACCUUUGUCUACAACAGCAUGGGCACCAUCAACCAGCAGGCCAUGGACCAGCUGCACUAUGUGACUGAGCUGUCAGAAUGCAUCAAGAGCAAAUCUGCCCCCAACACUGAUGAGAUAGAAAACUCCUCAGAAUUUGUGUGCUUUUUUCCAGAGUUUGUGUGGACUGUGCGUGAUUUCACCUUGGAGCUGGAAAUGAAUGGGAAACCUAUCACCCCUGAUGAGUACCUGGAGAAUGCACUGCAGCCUAAGAAAGGUAAACCUGAGGAAUUUAAAAUGUACAACCUACCUCGUCAGUGUAUCCGCCAGUUCUUCCCCAACAAGAAAUGCUUUAUCUUCGACCGACCUGCCCAAAGAAAGAAGCUUUCCCAGCUGGAGACACUUCAUGACAGUGAACUGGAUCCUGAAUUUGUGAAACAAGUUGAAAACUUCUGCUCCUAUAUCUUCAAGCAUUCCAAUGUGAAAACUCUCCAGGGAGGCAUCACAGUCAAUGGACCCCGUCUAGAGAAUCUAGUCCUGACCUAUGUCACGGCCAUCACCAGUGGAGACAUGCCUUGUAUGGAGAACGCAGUCCUGGCACUGGCUCAGAUAGAGAACUCAGCGGCAAUUCAAAGGGCCCUUACACACUAUGAAGAGAUGAUGAAACAAAAGGUCCAGUUCCCCACAGAAACCCUUCGGGAGUUGUUGGACAUACAUGCCACCUGUGAGAAGGAAGCCAUCGAAAUGUUCAUCAAGGAUUCUUUCAAGGAUGUGGACCAGAAAUUCCAGAAGGAAUUGAGGAACCAGCUAGAUGUCAAGCGAGAUGCCUUUUGUAACAAGAACCUGAAGGAGUCGACAGAAAGGUGCAGAGCUUUGCUUCAGGACAUUUUCAGGCCUCUGGAGGAAGCAGUGCAGCAAGGAGACUUCUCUAAACCAGGGGGCUAUAGUCUCUUUCUGCAGAAGACCAAGGAGCUGAAACAGAAGUACUACCAGAAGCCCAGGAAGGGGAUACAGGCUGAGCAGACUCUGCAGGAAUACCUGAAGUCCAAGGAAGAUGUAGCUGAUGCAAUACUACAGGCAGACCAGUCACUCUCAGCAAAGGAAAAAGAUAUUGAAGUGGAGCGUGUGAAAGCUCAGGCUGCAGAGGCAGCUGCAAAGCAGUUGGAGGAAAUGCAUAAGAAGAACCAGGAGAUUAUGGAGCAGAAGGAAAAAAGCUACCAGGAGCAUAUAAAGCAGGUGACUGAAAAGAUGGAAUCAGAAAGGAAACAGCUGAUAGCAGAGCAAGAAAGGGCCCUGGCUCUGAAACUCAAGGAACAGGAACUGUUACUAAAAGGAGGAUUCGCAAAUGAAACUGAGGAGCUUCAAAAGCAAAUCAAGUCUCUAGGGAACAGACUGAAUGAGACCAAAAAAAAGAAGGGACGCUGUGUCAUAUGCUAAAGACCUAGGCCUUCUCCCUCUGGUUGACUUCCAAUAUAACUUGAAGGAGUAUGCUUUCUGGAACAAAUAUACCAUAAGGGCUACAAGCUUUAGUUUUCUGUCCAAAUGUAAGCAGUACCGCAUUUGAAAAGCCUAGCAAUUUUCCUUAAAGACCUGUGAUUUUUAAAAUAGUGAAAAAGUGACUGUCCCUUGGCAUUUGAUUCCUUUAUAAAUUGUCUUUGUCAACUUUUCUCUUUUUUUCUUGAAUAAAGUUGGGCUCUUGGUAUUUAUAUGAAUAUUGCAUAUAGAGCUAUAUUCAGUUUUCUGAACAGUUUGGUCAUCAAAUGAGUGUAAGAAGUGUCAUUUAAAGGUGAGAUAAUGAUGUCUGGCAAGAUGUCUCAAACCUAUCUACCUGGAUUUUUGUUGUGGUUUUGGUUUGGUAGGGUGGGUUGGAGGAGGAGUCAGGACCCAGACACUGUGUCUCUCUGACCCCAUCCUGGUAAGAUCAUUCCCAGCUUCUCUAUUUCUGUGGAUCUGAUUUCAUCCAUUGGUGGGGGAUGGGGAGAGGGGUCAGGACACAGUCUCCCACUCACUUACCAAACUCCCUCACACCAGAAAACUUCUGGUUCUUCCUAUGUCCAGUAUGGUCUGGAUUCACUCAUUCAUCCUUCUUUUAGAGGAGCAACAAUAAUGUGGCAAAUGCAAGCUCUUUCAUUCAUCCUGAACCCCUCGCUGGUAGUACCAGCAAUUAAGACAUUUAUUUCUCUCUCUAGCCCAGGGGUUCUUGACCUUUUGUACUUCGUGAGGAUCCCCUUUGGCAAUCUGACAAAAAAAAACUAUAGACUCUUCAG